GUGACUAUUGGCUGAAGUUCCCCAGCGAUUUGCAUGAACAGAGAGGGAGUGUCCUCUGCCUCCCUCCCUUCUGGAGCGCUCUGACUGCAGCCUCCCAGGGAAUGCGCGGCGGCCGAGGGAACGCGCGCAGCUCGCUGGUCCAGGCAGUGAGCUUGCGCCCGGCGACCUGGCACCCGUGCCUGGAUAUGGGGCAUCUACAUCGUCCCAGCAGAAGGACCAGCCACAGGAACCUGCCGCAUGUUUUUCUGCUUUUCCUCUUCGUGGGACCCUUCAAUUGCCUCGCGAGUUACAGCCGUGCUACCGAGCUUCUGUACAGCCUAAACGAGGGACUGCCCGCGGGAGUGCUCAUAGGCAGCCUGGCGGAGGACCUGAGGCUGCUGCCUAGGGCCUCUGGGAGACAGAGUCAGCAGUUGCUGCAUCCAGAGCGCACUGCCGCUGAGGGGAACCCCCCUCUCUCUUUCAGCUUGGCCUCUGGAGGACUGAGUGGCCAGUAUGUGACCCUAGACAACCGCUCCGGGGAGCUGCACACUUCUGCACAGGAGAUCGACAGAGAAGCUUUGUGCCUGGAUGGGGGCGGAGGGGCUGCCUGGGGCGGCAGUACCUCCAUUGCCUCCUCUCCUUCUUCUGACUCUUGCCUUUUGCUUCUGGAUGUGCUGGUCCUGCCUCAGGAAUAUUUUAGGUUUGUGAAGGUGAAAAUUGCCAUCAGGGAUAUCAAUGACAAUGCACCACAGUUCCCCAUUUCUGAAAUCUCUGUUUGGGUCCCGGAAAAUUCACCUGUAAAUACCCGAUUGGCGAUAGAGCAUCCAGCUGUGGACCCUGAUGUAGGCAUUAAUGGUGUGCAAACCUAUCGCUUACUGGACUACCAUGGCAUGUUUACCCUGGACGUGGAGGAGAAUGAGAACGGGGAGCGCACACCCUACUUGAUUGUCAUGGGUGCUUUGGACAGAGAAACCCAGGAUCAGUAUGUGAGCAUCAUUAUAGCUGAAGAUGGUGGGUCCCCACCACUGCUGGGCAGUGCUACCCUCACCAUUGGCAUAAGUGACAUUAAUGACAAUUGUCCUCUCUUUAUCGAUUCACAAAUUAAUGUCACCGUUUAUGGAAAUGCUACAGUGGGCACCCCUGUUGCAACAGUCCAGGCUGUGGAUAGAGACUUGGGGACAAAUGCACAGAUCACUUACAGUUACAGCCAGAAAGUUCCACAAGAAUCGAAGGAUUUAUUCCAUCUGGAUGAAGAUACUGGAGUCGUUAAGCUUUCCAGUAAGAUUGGUGGGAGUGUUCUACAGACACAUAAACUCACUAUCCUGGCUAAUGGACCUGGCUGUAUCCCUGCAGUGAUAACUGCUCUUGUGUCGAUCAUCAAAGUCGUUUUCAGACCCCCCGAAAUUCUCCCACGGUAUAUCGCCAAUGAGGUGGAUGGCGUUGUGUACCUGAAAGAACUGGAGCCUGUUAAUACUCCAAUUGCAUUUUUCACCAUCAGAGAUCCAGAAGGUAAAUACAAGAUUAACUGCUACUUGGAUGGUGAAGGGCCAUUCAGGCUAGCCCCCUACAAGCCGUACAACAAUGAAUAUUUGUUGGAGACCACAAAACCCAUGGACUAUGAGCAGCAGCCGUUCUAUGAAAUAGCUGUAGUGGCCUGGAACUCAGAGGGGUUUCAUGUCAAGAGAAUCAUUAAAGUACAACUUUUAGAUGAUAAUGACAAUGCCCCUGUUUUCCUUCAGCCCUUAAUAGAACUGACCAUUGAAGAAAACAAUGCACCCAAUGCCUUUCUGACGAAGCUCCAUGCUACAGAUGCGGACAGUGGGGAGAUGGGCCGAGUUUCCUACUUCUUGGGACCAGAUGCUCCAUCAUAUUUCAACUUAGACAGUGUCACUGGGAUUCUGACAGUGUCUACUCAGCUGGACAGAGAAGAGAAAGAAAAGUACAGGUACACCGUCCGAGCAGUGGACUGUGGGAAGCCACCCAGAGAAUCAGUGGCUACAGUGGCUCUCACUGUGUUGGAUAAAAAUGACAACAGUCCAAGGUUCAUCAACAAGGACUUUAGCUUUUUUGUGCCAGAAAACUUUCCGGGAUAUGGCGAAAUUGGAGUCAUUAGUGUAACAGAUGCCGAUGCUGGGAGGAAUGGAUGGGUAGCCCUCUCAGUAAUGAACCAGAGUGACAUUUUUGUCAUAGAUACAGGCAAGGGUAUGUUGAGAGCUAAAGUCUCUUUAGACAGAGAGCAGCAAAGCUCUUACACUCUGUGGGUGGAGGCUGUUGAUGGGGGCGAGCCUGCACUUUCCUCUACCACAAAAAUCACAAUUCUCCUUCUGGACAUCAAUGAUAACCCCCCUCUUGUUUUAUUUCCUCAAUCUAAUAUGUCUUAUUUGCUGGUCCUACCUUCCACUCUCCCUGGCUCACCAGUGACAGAGGUCUAUGCAGUUGAUAAAGACACAGGCAUGAAUGCCGUCAUAGCUUAUAGCAUCAUAGGAAGAAGAGGUCCCAGACCCGAGUCCUUCAGAAUUGACCCCAAGACUGGCAACAUCACUCUGGAGGAAGCCUUGCUACAGACAGAUUAUGGCUUGCAUCGCUUACUGGUGAAAGUGAGUGAUCACGGAUACCCUGAACCUCUCCAUUCCACGGUCAUGGUGAACUUAUUUGUCAAUGACACUGUCAGUAACGAGAGCUACAUUGAGAGCCUUUUAAGAAAGGAGCCAGAAAUUAAUAUAGAAGAGAAAGAGCCACAAAUCUCAAUAGAGCCUACUCAUAGGAAGGUAGAAUCUAUCUCCUGUAUGCCCACAUUGGUAGCUCUGUCUGUCAUAAGCUUAGGUUCCAUCACACUAGUUACGGGGAUGGGGAUAUACAUCUGCUUACGGAAAGGUAAAAAACAACACAGGGAAGAUGACAAUUUGGAAGUACAGAUUCCAUUGAAAGGAAAAAUUGACUUGUGUAUGAGAGAGAGAAAACCAAUGGAUAUUUCUAACAUUUGAUAUGCCAUUGUGGAAUGACAUGGAGGGAUGUUAUAACUGCCACAGGUAGUCUUUGUCCUGCAAACAACAGUGUGCUGAUUCAGUUCCACUAAAGGACAAAUAAUUUAUAAUUUGUACUAUAUUGUGAAUAGCUGUUUACAGGUUUUUAAUUCCAAUUCAGAAGUUAUAAAAUGUGUACAGAAUUUUUAAAUGAAAAUUAGUACUAACAGCUAUAUUAUUGUUAUUUAUAUAUAAAAAUACAUAUACAUAUAUAAAAUGUUGGAUAUAACUGGCAGCUCUAAUACACCAAGCAGAUGGCUGGCAAAACUCAAGACUAAGGUAAGAAAAGUACAUUUUUGUUGUUUCUAAAAUGUCUUUUCACCACGAGAGGGCACCAGCUUCUCCUUUGCAGGGAACUGUGGCAUUGUACAUGAUAGUUGUUGUACAGGAAAUUAAGGAGAGAGUAUAUUUUAAAUAUAUUGUUUUUAACAUUAAAUGUAAAAUUAAGGUAAAUUAAAUUCUCUACUUAAAUAUAUGACGAGAAAGAAAAGAAAUCCACUUAUAAACAGAACAUCUAUUACCUUGUAGGUACAUCGAUUAUAAUUUGAAAGAGAAGGCAUUUAAAAAGAAGUGCAAUUCAUUUAGGACAAGCAUCAAAACAUUACCAUGUGUUACAAAUUUGACCUGCUGAAGAGUGUGAUGUUUUGUGUAACUCCACCUGCUUUCUGUUUGCUUUACCACUGUGCUUGCUAGAAUUACAGGGGGAAGGCAUCAUCUGUGUAUUCUUCCUAACAUAAAAAGCAUCUAGAUGUUGCACUCAGUAAAAGAGCAAGACACAUGUCAGUGUCUCAAUCUCUACUUGCUUGCUUGGUGUUUCUGAUAUCUUAGUGCAUUCUCCACUGGUCAGCAGCACUUUUUCCGUGGGUUUUGUGUUAGCUUGGGUACACUUUUGUUCACCUACACUAUGAGAAAACGUUGUAUUCAAAUUGAAUUCCUCAAAAGGCUACUGUACAAUAUCGGCAUUUUAUAUGAAAGUUAAACUUUUUGUAGUUGUUUUGGACCAUUGGCUAGUGUUCUGGCUUCUUUAUUUGGUUCUGGAAUACAUCCAAAGUUUGACUUGUAAGCCCAUCUGCAGAUUCUUUUGAUGAUUUAGUUUUUACCGGCUCUUUUGCAAUGAAGAAAACUGGUUUGUCAGUGAUUUCUAGUGCUUCCUUCUUUGCAUGAGAUGAAAAUUUUAUUUUAUGUAAGAACUGUAGUGAAGCUGUCUGUAUAAACAAGAAAUGUGUUAGCUUCAAAACGAGUCACUUUGCUUAUCACCCUCAUGUGUCUGUACCAUACCAAAAUUGUUUAUAUGUCUGCAAAUUAAAAGUAUAUAUUUUCAUAUUUUCUUGAUUAUUUUUACCAUUUUAUAUUUGACCAUGGGUUUGUUCUUUCACUGAAGUGCCUGUUAUUGGGGUCUGUUUGUUUCUAGGAUUAAAUGUGAGGAAUGGUAGUAUUCUGCUAUGCUAAAGUUUAUAUUAAACUAAUCCAUGGCCUAAUUAAGAGUGUGUAAACUGUAGACAUAUAUAGAAAAGAAACUGCUUGUACAUUCAUGUUCCUAUGAAAACUUGCACUCAUGCAUGUCUAUAGUCACAUUAACUAAUUACGGAUUUAAUAUUACUAUAAGUGUCCCCUCACAUUCCAGCAACCUCUGUGCUUGUUGUGUUGCACUAAUUUGCAAUAUUUUAAAGUAAUAGCACACCAUAAAAGCAAAGCUUAAACAUAAACACAGGACAUUUUAGACUUAUAUUAAUUACUUAGUCUUGUUUUCUUCAUUUGAGUCAUCUGGAUAAAUAAGAAUAUAAGGUAGCAGAAUCUAAGACAACAAAGUUCAAUAUAUUUUUAUGAAAGUUCCUUUUGUAUGAUAGGCACUUGAACUAAGAGACAUAUAAGACCAUUUAAGGCCAUAAACUGUUCAUUCACAACCCUAACAUAACAAAGAAGGAACACAUUCUUUUCCAGUCAUCUUUUGCUUAGUUUCUUUUAUAAAAGGAGAAGCUACGUAAAAGACAUGUAGCAACAUUAAUAAAGAAAAUAAGUCCUCCACAAGCUUCAUGACUUUUAGUGUCAUUAUAAAAAGAGAAAAACAUCCUAUUCAUUUCACAAUUUGAAUAUGGUUCAUGUGUUUGGGGGGAUGGGUAUUGAACUUCAUUUCUUGAAUGAGAAAUAUCAAGGACCUUAAUAAAACUAUGUGUUUAUAA